AUGACUGAUUCGAGGUAAGAGAAAAGAAAGGAACAGAGUAAUUUAUUGAAGUAUAUAUUCUUUCAGUGAUUCCAAAAACGUGAUCUUUGUGUGCAAGCAUCGUUGUCAUGUUCAUAAGCCGCAGGAAUCACCGCAAAUUGUAAUUAUUGGUAUUGAACAUGAAGAAGAAGAGGAGGCAACAGAUUUGAGAAAAAAAAAGCGUCUACUCGAAUUGUUCAAUCUUCUUCCCAAUCAAGCUAUGCAUCUUCAACAUCAAAAAAAACGAUUUUUGCACCUCUCCGGAUUUCUUUCCAAUUGUUUUUGA